CCAUAAGUUUUAUAGUUAGAAUAGAUUGAUUCAACUGUAUUAAAUAGAUGUGAAGAAACUCUCUGUUCUACUUGUAGAUCUUAGCGUUUUUUCUUAUUCACACCAUGGCUAGUGCUGUAAGCUUUUAUUUUAUUCUACUGUUGGUGUUGUGCUUGUUGGUAACUGCCAAGGCAAGUGAUGCAGGAUCCUUGAAGCCUGAUUACUAUCUGUGCAAUUGUCCAGAGGCUGAGGCCAUUAUUUUUAGUGGGGUGCAAAAAGCUGUAGCUCAAGAACCUCGCAUGGCUGCUUCUCUUCUUCGUCUUCACUUUCAUGACUGUUUUGUUAACGGUUGUGAUGCUUCAGUAUUGUUGGAUGACACACCAACUCUGACAGGAGAGAAGACUGCAGCUCCUAAUGCAAACUCACUUCGGGGAUUUGAAGUGAUAGAUUCCAUCAAAGCAGAGCUUGAGUUUGCAUGCCCUGGAAUUGUUUCAUGUGCUGACAUCCUUGCAAUUGCAGCUAGAGAUUCAGUUCUUCUGACAGGAGGGCCAGUUUGGCAGGUGCAAUUGGGAAGAAGGGACAGCAGAACAGCCAACAAAGCACUAGCAAAUACCAGCAUACCAGCUCCUACUUCAAAUGUUCCAAAACUCAUUCAAAAGUUUCAAAAUGUAGGCCUCACUCGAGAAGAUAUGGUUACAUUAUCAGGUGCUCAUACAAUAGGCAAGGCAAGAUGUGCCACAUUCAAUGCUAGACUUCAGAAUCAGCCAGAUCCUACACUUGAAAAGCUAUUGCUUACAUCUCUGCAAAUGCUCUGCUUGAAUGGGUUUUCCAACAACAGCAAUGCUGUAGCUAAUCUAGAUUUACAGACUCCUAUCAUUUUUGACAACAAGUACUACAAAAACCUGCUUUCUGGUGAAGGUAUUCUGAUGUCUGACCAAGUACUUUAUUCAAGUGGGGGGAGCACAGAAGCAUUGGUUAAAUUUUACACUGAAAAUCAAAAAGCAUUCUUUGAGAACUUCAAGGUAUCCAUGAUAAAGAUGGGCAAUAUCCAACCUUUACUUGGGAAAGAUGGGGAGAUACGCCAUAAUUGCCGUUUUCCUAAUUGAGAGUAAUGGUUUAUUUAGAUUUAUAUGGUGAUAACUGUUUAUUUAUGUCUUACAGACAUAUAGUUACAGUUGUAUGCUGCUACUGCUAUGAAGGUUGUGCAUCUAAGAUAAUAAUAGUUAUGAUUUCGGUAGGGUGUAUAUAGGAGUAUUGUGAUGUUAGGUAUUCAUAGGAGCUACCAUUAUGUAUGAGAGGUGUUCAAGAGUUCAUUUGUAUAUGGUAUUAGUUUUCUUACAAAUAAGGAUUUAAGAAUAUAUAUUUUAUGAGA